CCAUUUAACACUGCGAGUAGCUCGUCGCGCGCCUGUGCAUGGCGCCUGCUCCGGAGCAUUAAUGCAGUCCGCGAGGAGGGAGGGGGCGUAGUGCUUUUCUGCGGAGCCUUGCCCAGGGCACCUCUGGGUGCGUGCCUGGGUUUGGGGAGGGUGCAUGUGCGACGAGUGUGCUCAAAGGGAGCUGCGCUGCUUGGGUGGGGCGCUCGCUCUGUCAGCUGCCUACUUUCGCAGCAACGAGUACGCCGCUUGGUAUUGUUAAUGCAAUGAAGUUAAUGCAUGAGCAGGGUGGGUUGGAGAGGGCGCUGCGUGUCCCCUAAAGGAUCCGCGGAGGUCUGAGCGCUCCUCCCAGCUAGCUGAGCGUGCUGGGAGCAUUCAGCCGUCCGACAUCUGACGGGCUGUCUCGGGAUUCUUGUGCAACCCGGUCCAGGCUUAUUGGCUGACGCGCCCUGUGUAUGGUGUGAGACUGGGGGUGUGCCCGGGGGAUUAGAGUAGCAGCUGUGGUGCUGUGCUCACUGUGUAUGAGUCUGCUCUGACCCUGUCCUUUUAUUGCGGGUGGGGAGGGUGCCCGCCACUUCUGCAAUCAAAGCCUUCCCCGGGCGCUGCUGCCUGCGAGGGUGCCUGGUGCAUGGCGCAGGCAGGGCUGGGCGAGGGGCGGCAGCACGGCUGGGCUCCGCGGCCGCUGGUGCUGAUGUCACUGCUGUUCUCAUCGCUGCGUUGCUGAUCCUGCUGCCGCCGCUGCCUUUGCUCUAGGAUUGUAACAGCGCUGAUCGGGAGCGGCCGGCCGGGCUCCGGGGGGUGGGCAGACAGUGGGGGGUCACGGAGAGGCCGCUGCUUCCUUUCCAUCCUGUGGCUCGCUCGCUCUGUCUGGGGCUUUGUUGUCUCUCAGCUGGGUCGGACGGCGCGUUAAUGUGACCUGCGUUUCGCCAGCAUCCUCCUGGCCCCACCGCUCCGUGAAUGAUUUAAACCUUCAAAAGCAGCCAGAGCAAGCUGCCCUUUGUCUCUGCCGGGAGCAUGUGGGUGAACCCCGGGGAGGUGCUGCUGGCAAACGCCCUGUGGGUCACGGAGAGGGCCAACCCUUACUUCAUCCUGCAGAGGAGAAAGGGGCAUGGAGGAGAUGGAGGCGGCGGCGGACUGGCUGGUCUCCUAGUGGGUACUCUUGAUGUUGUGCUGGACUCCAGUGCUAGGGUAGCACCAUACCGAAUCCUCUACCAGGCGCCAGACUCCUUGGUUUAUUGGACUAUUGCCUGUGGUUGUUCAAGGAAGGAAAUCACUGAACACUGGGAAUGGCUUGAACAGAAUCUGUUGCAAACUCUUUCAAUCUUUGAAAAUGAAAAUGACAUAAACACAUUUGUCAGAGGAAAAAUACAGGGCAUUAUCGCAGAGUAUAACAAAAUUAAUGGUAUCAGAGAGGAUGAUGACACAGAAAAGUUUAAGGAAGCCAUAGUGAAGUUCCACAAGCUGUUUGGGAUGCCAGAGGAAGAGAAACUGGUGAACUACUACUCCUGUAGUUAUUGGAAGGGGAAGGUCCCCCGUCAGGGCUGGAUGUACCUCAGCAUUAACCACCUUUGCUUUUAUUCCUUUCUCAUGGGAAGAGAAGCAAAGUUAGUGAUCCGCUGGGUUGAUAUCACUCAGCUUGAGAAGAAUGCUACACUGCUUUUUCCUGACAUGAUCAAAGUGAGCACAAGGUCAAGUGAACACUACUUUUCGGUAUUCCUCAAUAUCAAUGAGACAUUCAAAUUAAUGGAGCAGCUUGCCAACAUAAAAUUUGGAAGUAUACGAGCAGAUCUGAUUGAACAGAUGAGAUUUAAGCAAAGACUGAAGGUGAUCCAGACUCUUGAAGACACCACUAAACGCAAUGUGGUGCGAACCAUUGUGACUGAGACUUCUUUUACUAUUGAUGAGUUGGAGGAACUCUACGCUCUUUUCAAGGCAGAACAUCUGACGAGCUGCUACUGGGGAGGGAACAGCAAUGCGUUUGACCGCCAUGACCCCAGCCUGCCGUAUCUGGAACAGUACCGGAUUGAUUUUGAGCAGUUCAAGGGGAUGUUUGCUCUCCUCUUUCCUUGGGCAUGUGGGACUCACUCAGAUGUGCUAGCUGCACGCUUAUUCAGACUGCUGGAUGGAAAUGGAGAUUCUCUAAUCAACUUCCGUGAAUUUGUCUCUGGGCUAAGUACAGCAUGUCAUGGAGAUCUUACAGAGAAACUGAAGCUGCUCUAUAAAAUGCAUGUAUUACCUGAUCCAUCCCCUGAGCAAGAAGAGCCAGAUUCUGCUUUUGAAGCAACUCAGUACUUUUUUGAAGACAUCACACCAGAGUAUACACAUGUUGUUGGCAUUGACAGCAGGAACAAACAAGCGGCAGACGAUGAGUUUGUUUCAGUGAGCCUGAAACCAGACAAAGGUAAGAAAAACUCACAAGAAAAUCGAAACUACCUGAGAAUGUGGAGUCAAGAGAAUAAAUCCAAAGCAAAGAAUGCGAAGGAUUUACCCAGACUGAAUCAGGGGCAAUUUAUUGAAUUGUGCAAGACAAUGUAUAACAUGUUCAGUGAAGACCCCAAUGAACAAGAUCUAUACCAUGCCACUGCUGCUGUGACAAGUUUGCUUUUGGAGAUUGGUGAGGUUGGUAAGCUCUUCACUGUUCAGCCCCCAAAAAGUACAGACAGUAGCAGUAACAACUGCAGCAAAGCUAUUCAGAGUAUGUUGUUUCAGAAGAAGGGGAGCCAGCAGUAUGAUUUUGACCAGCGUGAAUCCUUUCAAGCCAGCCUCAUUGCUAAUGAGGAGGAGACAGUUUCCCCUGAUAACGUAUUGAGUGUACAGAUGGAAGACAUUAAGCUUGAAGACUCUUCUCCCAGGGACAAUGGAGCUUGUUCUUCCAUGCUUAUUUCUGAUGAUGAUACUAAAGAUGACAGCUCCAUGUCCUCCUAUUCAGUACUGAGUGCAGGCUCGCACGAGGAGGAAAAGCUCCACUGUGAGGACAUAGGUGAAGAUACGGUUUUGGUGCAAAGCAGCCACAACACUUCUCUGCGUAGAAGCACUAGCAUUGACAGAGACUGGGCCAUCACCUUUGAGCAAUUUUUAGCCUCUCUCUUGACUGAACCAGCACUGGUGAGGUACUUUGACAAGCCUGUGUCCAUGAUGGCUAGAAUUACUAAUGCAAAGAACAUACGAAUGAUGGGCAAGCCAGUAACGUCCACAAGUGACUAUGAGAUCGCUACUAUGUCGGGAUGAAAGGGCAGUCAGGGGGUCUUUUAUUUUAGAUUUUUUAUUACAUAUUUAUUAGUACCUGACACAGGUCCUGGUAUUUUAAAACAUGGUAGCUUUCACUAAAGUGAAAAUAGUGGGGUGCAGACAUAACUCCCCUGAAUUGUAAUCACCUUUUGUGAGAAAUGUUACAAGAAUGCACCUUUUAUUCAACAUACAGAAAAAAUACAGUUGUCAGUGAAAUGUGUGUAUUAUUAACCCUGCUGUCAGUGUAAAAAUGGUAAAGAUUAGUUCUCAAUUCGUAACUCUAAAUGGAAUGACAGAUAUUUGUGUACGUUUUAAAAACAGACCUAUCAAAAAGGCCUAAUUCUUGACAAGAAAUGGGAGAUCUCUAAAAUUUAAAGGGGACACUCAAUCUGUAUAGGACCUGAAAGAAAAGUAAAUGCCAUGCAGCAUCCCUGGGGGAUGUCUGUCUUUUAAGAGACUAAUGGUUUUAAUGAAUGCUUUGAUUUUAUGUUUUUUAAAUAUAUAAAAGACAUCCUCUUGAGAUAUUUCCUGGGACCUGCCUUUCUUUGCUUAAGAAAGUUAUAGACUGGUUUCUCAACAGAUUGGGAGUAUCCCUUUUUAAAGUGGAAAAGGAUGUUUUUAAACAUUAAAUAUAAAAAGUACUUCUAUAGCUGGAUCUGCAGCGUAGUUAAUAUUAUUCAGCUCGCAAAACUAACCUUUACCACCAACCUAAUAAUAUAUCCUCAGUAAUGUAAGAAAUGAAAAACCUGCAUUGCAUAUGUCUUCAUUUACAGCACUGGAAAGUAGAAAUAAUGUAAACUGAAAAAAAUCUGCAAGAUAAUGUAACUGAAUGUUUUAAAGUCUUAUUGAGAACACUGUCACUCUAUAUAAUAUGAAUAUUAUCCUGUAUCAAUUUACUGAAUAUGUUAAAAUGAAAGCUGGAGCACCUGCACUUUGAAUCCUUGCUUUUUUAUACAAAUAUUCAAGAUUUUUUUUUAUGUUGCUAAAUGUUUUCUAAUUCAGUUAUUUAGUUCAGGAUCAUUCUGACAUGCCUAAAUUUUAUUUGCUGUCUUCAAAAUCUUUUCACCAGAAAACUGUUGGGUUUCUUUUAUACUACUGUACAUUAUGUCCAUGUAACUGUUCCAUAUUUUGAUACCCAAAGCUUCUGUUUAAUUUAUUUGUUUUAAAAGAAUCAUUUAAAAACUGUCAAUGUGGUCUUUAACCACAGAUAAAUGUGAACAAAUAAAAUACACUCAGCAAAGAAUGUGGUUCUUUUUUAACUAUUAAACCCAUGAUAAAUGGAAAAUUAGAUGAUUGUAGUUUUACACAGCUGUGCAGUGGAAAUUCCAUGAAGCAAAUGACUUGGGAUCUCCAACUAAUGAUUUCAGAACACAAAAUAUCAAUUGUUUCAUGACUUCAUUUUAUUCAAUAUUUGUGUGUUUGUAACAGGAAUAUGCUGUGAUGUAACAGUCAUUCAGCAGAAGUUUCUCACAUUACAGAAUGUCAUUAAACA